UCGUCUCCCCAAUAAUCUGAUUUCAUCUACCAUCAAUGGAGAUAAACUUUCAAUCCUUUGUUGUUUGAUCGUCUGCUCAGAUUGUCUUGCGUGCAGGAAUAAAAUCUGAUAUCUGAGCAGACGAUCAAACAACAAAGGAUUACAUUUCAAUCCUUUGUUGUUUGAUCGUCUGCUCAGAUUGUCUUGCGUGCAGGAAUAAAAUCUUUUCCGUCCUUUUUAGUGGGCCUAUUUAAUUAGGUAUGGAUGGAGCUUCCUCUGUAGAUUGAUAAUUUGAGAUGGAAAGCUUGAGUUCAGAGCUUCAUAAGCAUAUCUCAUGGUGGGCAACAACAAUGAAGAUUUGGCUUUAGCUGACUGAGAUCCCAAGGUUUUCCUGCUCAAAAAUGUUCACAAUGGCUGGUAAACUAGGUUUGUUUUGCAUGUCGGGACCAUGGCUCUUUCCAUUUUAGACAGAGAAUGAAUGAAGUCAUUUAUUCCUCAAUGCCAUAUCGGUGACACACUUCCCACAUUAAAGACACCAACUGCAGGCUUCGUAGAGCAAAGAGUGGUUCCUCUGCCACAUCUUCCAAGUACGUCACUGGAUAAGGAUCACUGUAAUAGCAUGACCAGUAACCGUGGACUUUCUGAUUAUAUGGCUGCUGUAUUCUGUGGUCCCAAAUACAGUAGUGAAAUGCAGUGUUCGGAUCACACAAACGGGCAUCUGAUGCUGUUCCAGUUAUUGAAGGACAUCCAUCCAGCACAGACCCAUAGCCUACGCAUACUGAUUCAGUCAUAACCUCCACCGCGACUCUCAUUGAUGAUGAAAAAGCCCCCAAGUUCAAAGAAAGCUAGCAAACACUGAGCACUCCAACUAUGGGUUAUUUGGGUUUUGAUUAUUUAGAAUUAUUAUUGAAUUUUGAAAUUAAGUGAUUGUCUUCCAGUACACUAAGUGAACUCUUUUUUCAAGAAAUAUUAUUAUAACUCGCAAAAUAUA